CCGGUCCUCCGGCCCGCGGACCCCCGGCGCCAGCCCCCUCCCGGCUCUCGGAGCUCGGCCUUGUGUGGGGCGGGCACCGGACGGCCCGGCCCCAGCCCAGCCCAGCCCGCCGCCCCUCGGCUCCGCCCCGGGCUGAGGAGCUCAGCGGAGCGGAGCUGUGGUGAACUGAGCAGCGCCUGCCCAUCGCCGGGAUAGCGAGCGUGAGCGUCCAUCAGCAGGUGAAGGAGGCCCUCAGACUGGCACCAUGACAGAGUGCUUUGACUGCGACAACUGCAAGGAGUCCUUGUAUGGGCGCAAGUACAUCCAGAUGGACAACGGCCCAUACUGCAUCCCCUGCUACGAUGCCCACUUUGCCAACACCUGCGAUGAGUGCAAAGAGCUCAUCGGCCACGACUGCAGAGAGCUGUACUAUGAGGAUCGCCAUUACCACGAGCACUGCUUCCGCUGCUUCCGCUGUGACCGUUCCCUGGCUGAUGAGCCCUUCACCUGCCAAGGAGAGGAGCUGCUGUGCAAUGACUGCUACUGCAGCGAGUUCUCCUCCAAAUGCAUUGCCUGCGAGAAGACAGUCAUGCCAGGAUCCCGUAAGCUGGAGUACAAUGGACAAACCUGGCAUGAGCAUUGCUUCAUAUGCAGCAGCUGCCAGCAGCCCAUCGGGUCACGGUCCUUCAUCCCAGACAAGAAGGAUUAUUACUGUGUGCCCUGUUAUGAGAGCAAGUUUGCUCCUCGCUGCACUCGGUGCAAAAAGACCCUGACCAAGGGAGGAGUGACUUACCGGGAUGAGCCGUGGCACAAGGAGUGUUUCGUCUGCACGGGCUGCAAGGCCCCCCUGGCUGGCCAGCAGUUCACCUCCCAGGAUGACAACCCCUACUGCAUCAAGUGCUUUGGGAACCUCUAUGCCAAGAAGUGCAGUGCCUGCACAAAGCCCAUCACAGGCUUUGGUGGUGGUAAAUACGUCUCCUUUGAGGACCGGCACUGGCACCACAAUUGCUUUAACUGUGCCCGCUGCAACACCUCCCUGGUGGGGAAAGGCUUCAUCCCUGACAACGAUGAGAUCCUGUGCCGCGACUGCAGCAGCGACCUAUGAGCCUCCGAGGCCACCGUGGGGCAGGGGCCUUCUCUAUUCUACAGAGUCUUUGUGCCAGAUCACCCCAACACCACUGCAGGAGCAGGGCACAAGGCACAGGAGAUGGGGGCUGACCCCGAACCACGGUGUGUUCAGGGGGUUCCUGUGCCCCUCCUGAAGGCUACAGUAUGCUAUGCUAUGGCUCUGUGCAGAGUCAAAGCUAAAUAAAGUUGAAAAGGAGCUUCAAGAUCCACCCCCCCCACCCUCCAUUAUUUACUCUUUCCUUUUGCUUCCUGUCUGACCAGGCACAAGCUGAGCCCAGGGCCCCAGCUGAGCAAAGGGCAGCAGCAGCUUCAGCGUUGGGCUGCUGGAUCUGCAGGCUGGCAGCAUGGAUUUGCUCCCCUGGCACACUGCUGACUUCUCUCUUCUCCCCAUGAGCUUCCCUUCUCUGUGUGAUACAAGGCAGCAGCUCCUGGUCUGUGCAGCUUGGCCUUGCUGGCCUGCAUCGUGGAUGGCUUACGUGUGGCUGCCUUGUGGUGAGCUGGGCAUGAAGGGCAUGCUGUGGAGGGAGCUUAGGGGGGAUACCACGCUGGAGUGUGGCCAGGAGAUGAGCAUGUGUCCUGCCAGAUGGGAUCCAGCUCCAGAUUGCUGUAGCCACCUCCCUGCUUGCAGGCCAGACCCUUUGCUCUGCUCCAUGGAGCUGCUCUCAGGUGUGGAUGAGGAGCUCGGAUCACUCACAGGUACAGGGUGUUCAGCCUCAUCUCCUCCCUGCCUGUUCCCAUCCAGGGCUGCCUCUGCAGUGCCUGGGCUGGAGCUGGUGCAUGGAGCAGCCCCCUUGAGAUGUGCUUGCCCGGGCCCUGGGGAAGGAUGUGCUGAAGGCUGAGAGCACCACGGGCUUCCCCAUGCUCUGUCCCAUGGGAUGAGGAUCCCCUUGCUGAGCCCACCCGCCAACAGCACAGGAAACGCUGCAGACCUUUGUGGGGCUGUGGCUGAGCUCAGUGGGAGGGACUGGGAAUGUGGGGGGCAGGCAGGGUGCCUGCAGCACCCCCCCCCCCCCCCGUGAUGGGCAGAGUGCAGCAGCUCCCCUCAGCCACACAUCCCUCGCUGUGUCCCAAAGCAGAGGGAGCACCUGGGCUGCCCUGAGGCUUUGCAUCCCCCAUGUCCCUGCACUGGCUCUAACUGCAAAAUGGGACAUCUUGAGCCAGCCCAGAGCCGCACGAGGCCUCGAGCCAUGCUUGCCCCAAGGCUGAGCUGGCCCUGGGUCCCUUAAGACCUCUGCCUUCAGUGGGAUGCUCCUGCCUGCCUUGUGCCUGCAUCCCUUUUGCUUCUGUCUUGCUGGGGCACUUCUGCUGACCCUGCUUUCCUGCUUAGACAACCGCGUUCUUCUCUGAAAGCAUCUUCUUGUGUUUGGGUUUUUCCCUUUUGUACUCUUUUGUCAUCAGUAUCUGUCAUUUUAUAGCCAACUGCAGGAUGAAGGGGCAAGCCCCCCC